UACUACUGAAUUUAGUGAUAUGAUUUACACAUUCCCCAUGAUAUAUUUUAUACUUGAUUCUGCAGUAAAUAUUAUGAUAAAUUUCAAGAGAAUUGAUGAAAGGUCAAAUUAUUCACUUAGGCCCUUUUCCUUUAAGUUAAAUCCACUGAAAAGUGGACCUUCCUGUAAAAUAAGUGUAGGUAACGUCAGAGAUGAGAAAGGGAAUCUGACUGGGAUCGGAGGCAGGACCUCAGUGAUCUCGAUUUUAAUGUUUUCCUCUGAAACAAAGUCAAAAAAUGCUCCAGGGAACUUCCAUAAGCCUCACAUGGAGGUUUUCGUUCGGCCUUCCUCAGGUACAAUUAAGUCUUCUAUUAGAAGUAUGGAAUGUACAUUACUGAAGAUAAUGCAAAGGUUGGUAAAAGUUGACAAGUUAGGCAAGGUAACACUAUCGCUUCGGGUACAAAUAAUGGAGGAUUCUGGAGGACUCUUGUCAGUGUGCAUAAACACGCUCAUCUUGUGCCUUUACCUGUCUGGAAUUGAGAUGAUUAGUGUGCCAUAUUCAGUUUCAGUUGGCAUUGUUAGACCAUCUUCAGACUCUUUAACGGCCGAAGAUUUAGUGAUUUUGGAUCCUACAGACUAUGAGAUUGUCACUUAUUGUUCCACAGCCCUUACUAUUCUGUGUGACCCUGAAACUGGGGAAAUUUCACUGAUUACAAUCGACUCUGGAAGUGGCUUAUACGGUCACUCAUUACCACUAAUCAAGUCAUUGGCUCAAAAAGCUGCUGUAAAAUAUAUGGAGGAAGUUGAAAAGUUAAAAGCAGGAUCUUAA